AGGGGCGACACCUGCUGGUGUACGGCGGAACCUUGAUGACAUUUCGCCGAAUUCGCCGAAGCGGUUUUUCCGUCAGUGUGUGAGUGAGGUGACAUCAAAAGAAAUGUCAAACGCGUUUCAACUUGAAAAUUUUUACGAGCGUCAUCGAAAGCGACAAGUGGGACGGAUCUGUCCUCCUGCUUGGUUUUCCGGAAGUACAUCUGUACAGCGACGAGGACAAGAUCAAAAACAUUCCUUUAAUUGGAGCGCCGGCAACCUGACAACCGGCAAGAAGCUGUGCAGUUUUGCGUCCGAUUUGAACUAGCCGGAGAUGAUUUACCAGUUUAUGCAGUUGGCUAACCACAACGCCAAGUGGAACAGCAAGUUGGGGGCGGCGUUUGGGCUGCAGUCGAUAUCCACGUCGGCGAAGCUGAAGAUGGUACCGUACCUGGGGAAGAUCGUGCCACGACUGUUCCGCUACAAGUACGACCCGACGAGAAAGAUUCGAAACUUGAUCAGCAUUUGGGAUUCGGUGGUGAGCGAUUCGAAGGCGACGGUUUAGGCUUAUUAUUGGGACAAUUUGGAGAACGUGAGCAAGAACUUAACGUCGCCGGAGUAAGGACAAGGACCGUGUCCGUGCCCGUGUUGGCUGCGGAAGGAACGACGGCGGCUUUGAGUAAGGUUUGCGUUGUAGCGGCAUCCAGCAACGUCGCCUCGGCAAACAGACUUCAGCGGUUCGAUCCCUAUGAGGUGCGGUCUGGCCAACAAUUUCCUGUUAGUCUAAUUUAUUGUGAAAGUUUUAAAUUUUAAGUAAUUAAAAACAUGGGGAUUCAUGGUGGGGAGUGUUUUUCUUGAUUACUUUUUAAAUAUUAAUAAAAAUUGCUUAAAAUAGGCCAAAAUCUCGGCCAAAAUAG